AUGCUGAAAGUAUUUGAUGGAAAAGGUACAACUAAUACGGUUGUUACAAAAAGUGAGGAUUGGAGCUUAUCGGCGCCAUAUAGGUCUCCCUUUGGUGGUUACAACCAUUACCCUACCAUGCUAUUUAAGCGUCAUGCAUCGCCUGUGCCUUCAAACACUGAGGAAAGCUAUUUGAAAAACUCAACUUCACAGGGAACCAAUGUAGGACAAGAUAAUGGGGAUGUACGAAGUUCUUCUCGAGCGAGGCCCCGCGUGAAGGGUUAUCGGGAUAAUGUUCCCAUGGUCACUCCUUUGAUGGACCGUUACAAACGAAGUGAACCAAUCCACAAUAAAAAGGCUGUCGAACGAGAUGUGAACGAGGGCCAGAAUCACUCAGGUUCUAAGACUCUAACAUCGUCCAAUUCUUUAAAAGCUUCUUCGAAGAUUUAUAUAAUGCCGUCUACAGGCAAUGUAAAUGCCCAAGGGAAACGAAGCGUUUCCUCAAGUGAGGCGCCCAAUGAGGUUAUAGAUUCUAGGCGGUGUCGAGGACAACAGUGCCGGCGGAUGACUACAUCAUGUCCUCCAGUACUGGUUCGAGAUGGUGCAUCCAACGGACAGAAGUCUAUGCAUAUAAAGGGGAAUGGGGACGCAAGUACACCUUCAACGUGUUAUGAUACGCACUGUAUUCAUGGUCGUCAGGCGAUACUAGAUUAUGUUGAUUUACAACGUAAUUUGCGUGUGUGCCACGCCACUGUCCGUGAUCAGGAUAGAGAAUUGAACGAACUGCGAUCGCAGCUCCAUUUGCUUCAUACCGAAAAGGUAGAGUUGGAAUCGCGUUUUCAGAUAGAGUUACAGGGGUUAGAAAGUCGAUACGCUGAGAGUCUUGGAAAAGAACGAGAGGAGCAAAUGGAAUGGCAGAAGCGUAUUUUAUCAGAACAAUUAGCGAAUUAUGAAAGAGAAAGAGAAGAACUAGAACAAUUAAGAAUGGAAUUGGAGCAAGAACGUUUGAAUCAUGACCGUACAAGAAGCGAAUUGGACGCAGCACAGGGUAUGUGCAUGGCUCUGAAACAACAACUGGAGAAUCUUAAAAAAGCUUCGAAUGCAUCAUUUUCACCGUCAGGAAAAAAAGAUUCGCCUGCGGGAAAAUAUAGAGAAGACUUUUUGCUGGAUACACAAUCGCCGACAUCCGUUUUUAUGACUCCAACGCCACGUCGACAGCCACCACCUGUACCUCAGUUAAAAGAAGGUGAGGAAUACACAUCUGGGAUUAAUGUUUCGAAAUUUUCUCUUGGUCGUGAAAAAUCCAAGUCAUUGCGUCCGUUUCGUGACGAUUCGCCAACGGAUAAGGGUUUUGUUGAAAACGUGACCGCAAACUCAACCAUUAAUGUUAGCGAUCCAUCCGUUGCUUUCUCGAUGAUUCCUGAGUUUGAUCCUGAUGAUGGCCAUGUGUUUUGGAUGAAUAAAGAGAAGCAAGAUAAUUCUGCAAAAAGAGUAAUGGAAGGAAAUAAAGAGGAGUUUGACGGGGAGACACAACGUGAAACAGAGGAAUGGACGGAGGGUGAUGGAGGACCCUCAAGUUGUGAAACCCGAAACACCAACCUUCCCACUGUAGUUGCACAAAAAACGGAAAGUUUGGCGAAUGAUGCUUCAUCAUAUGGUCGCUCCCUUACAAAGGCACUUUCUGAUGCGGCUUUUACCGUACAGCUUCAUCCAGCUUAUCAAUUCGAAGAGAUCGCGGGGCAGGAGUCACUUCUCUGCAAAGAACUCUUGCGUAUUCUUCUUGAUAAAGAGAAGCAAAUUGCUGAACUAACUUCAGAGCGCAUGGGGCUCCUAGGGGAGACGAAAUUCACUUCCCUGUCGGAUCCUAUUCCUUAUUUGACGCAAAUGGAGGAAGUGGAACAAAUAGCCCCUUCAAAUUUGGCUGUUUGA